GGAGUCGGUGUGCGGCCGCCGCACAUGCGCACACACGUGACCGGAAGUCCGGAGCCCCGAGGUGGACAAUGGCGGAGCUGGGGGAGGCCGACGAAGCGGAAUUGCAGCGCCUGGUGGCGGCCGAGCAGCAGAAGGCGCAGUUCACCGCACAGGUGCACCACUUCAUGGAGCUAUGUUGGGAUAAAUGUGUGGAAAAGCCAGGGAAUCGCCUAGAUUCUCGUACUGAAAAUUGUCUCUCUAGCUGUGUGGACCGCUUCAUUGACACUACUCUCGCCAUCACCAGUCGUUUUGCCCAGAUUGUACAGAAAGGAGGGCAGUAGGCCAUUCCCUAGGAGAAUGACAGAAGCAGCAAAGGACUUGUUAUUGGAAAGUUGUCAACCCACUGUCAGGUCAACUUCAGGCUAUUACCAAGCCUGUUGGUGCUAAAAAGUAACAGAUCGAAAAUUCAAAAGUGAAAUUUAUUUAUUUGGAAUUCAGAAACUCCACAUUGUAUCACAACAAUUAUUCAAUAAAUGUGAGUUCUCCGACUCUA